AUGGCUUAUGUGCAACAUGACUGGUCUGCUCCUCCCUUCGCUCAGUCCUCCGAGGGCUACACCUCCGUUUACUCCAAUGACUUCCAUCAGAGUGUACCCGGGCUACUCACAGAAUCUUCCACUUCAACUGGGGGGGCAUCGAGUGCACACGACAUGCAGGAGCAGCCGCAGUCUCACAUGGCUUUGUCACUAUAUCAUCCCCAGCCUCUUCAUCAUGCAUCUUUGAGCCAAUCAAGCUUGUGGAUGUUAGAUGCUCAAGGCUUAAACAAUGCAUUUCAGCAGCAGAGCCUGGCAUCUUUCGAGGCACAGAUAAAUCAGGGUUUCAGGGGUAACUUUCUAUCAGUGGAUGUAAUAAAGGAGGUGAAGGUUGAUGCAUAUGAACAGGUGGUUAGGUUGAUCUUCGAUACUUCCUUUUCCCCUACCAAUGAGGCAGCCAUGGUCAAGACAAUGGCUAAGAGCGCCCUUGAUGAUGUGAUCUCCCAAUAUUCCAAUGCAGAGCUCGUCAAAUGGAAGACCCUCACGGAGGGUCAAGCAGAAAUCCAACGGCUGAGCAAGGUCUUGAAUGUCAUCCAGGACAAAUUCAAGGACCUCUCACUCAACUCAAUCAUUGGUCAACCACUCCCUGUGGACUUCCAGGCACAGAUGUUGUCUGCUAGUGGCUAUUGCCAGCAGAUGGAUACCCACCUCACUCAAGCUACCGUCCGAGAGGUUCUGCCAUUUUCUGCGCAACUUUGCCAGCCCCAGACUGUCCCUAUUGUAGAAUUGGCAGCAUACAUCAACAAGUGUCUCGUGAUAUGCAGCCUCGAAGAUUACACUGAUGCUGUUGUUGGGACUUCGGGCGUUGAGCUUGCUGCCAAGCCAGGCCAUUUCCUGAUCCAUCAACCUUCUGGAGAGUUGUUCCAGGUCUUCGACCAUCUCUUACUUCUUAAGAAGGGUGGCUAG